AUGGCCGCCGCUGAGUUGGCAAGACGUAAGAAGGAGACUGAGGAGGCGAAGGUUAAUGAAAGGCAUAGACAGCGAUUGCUCUCCGAACGCCUUAUGCUUCUCGGUCGAGUACGCGGUGCCUUGAAAAAGUCUGACGCUUCUUCUCAAAGUCUACGGACUCUCCUCGAGAACAUUCAUGACAUUCUUGCCGCAAAGGGUGCUACAUCAUCGUAG